CUCCUCCGUCAAGUCAUUCGUCAUUAAACAUUACACGGGAUCGGUACUAGUUUGUUGUUUUCGCGAGUGUACACCUCUUUUUUAAUCUAUAGAGAUAUUCCUAAUUAGAUUACGACGGACCACAGCCGAUACGGGCAACGGAUAGUGGAUAAUCACAAAAUGAAAGGCUUUUUCCUAGCCUUGGCUGGCGUUUUGCUGGCGACGGCUUCGACUUGGGCCAUACCAGUUGAAGCGGAAGAGCAUCACAUGCUUGGUGCUAAGGAAUGUACCUGGGGACCGACCUACUGGUGUUCUAAUUUAAAGAACGCCAAAGGCUGCGGAGCGGUAACACACUGCAUCCAAACCGUCUGGGAGAAGCAACAGUACCCGGUCGAUAACGAUGAAAUCUGCAACAUCUGUCUGGAUAUGGUGAAGCAGGCCCGGGAUCAGCUGGAAAGCAACGAAACACAGUCCGAUCUGAAGGCCGUCUUCGAGGGAUCCUGCAAUCUGAUCCCGAUCAAGGUGGUCAAGAAGGAGUGCAAACGGCUUGCCGAUGACUUCAUUCCCGAACUGGUGGAGGCUCUCGCCUCACAGAUGAACCCGAACGUGGUGUGCAGUGUGGCCGGGCUGUGUAACAAUGCGGCGAUCGAUAAAAUGUUGCUGGAGAUGCCGGCGGUUAAGCCACUGGAUGAGGAUGAUGUGGAGGAGGAUGAAGCUGAUGUUGGCGGUAGCGUUGCAAAGGACGAAUUUAGCUGUGACAAGUGUAACACAAUUGCUGAGGUCAUAUCGAAUCGGUUCCAUUCGAGUGAUCGCGAUCAGGUUUUGGAGGGUUUCCUGCGAUUCUGCGGUCAAAUGGGAUCGUUUUCCGACGGGUGUUCCAGCAUUGUGUUGACUUAUUUCGAAGAGAUUUACGAUCAUAUGGCGAAGAAUUUGAAUGCGAAAAAUGUGUGCCACAUGACGGGAACCUGUGUUUCUCAGUUCCAUCAACAUGAUGAUAGCACCGACGAUAUCGAAAUCCGCUCGAUGGGUGGCGUUGGAGUGAUUGACGUGAAGGAUUCAGUGGCGGCUGAAGAAAACGGCGACGAUAUUCCGUGCAAGCUGUGCGAACAGUUGGUUGACCAUUUACGGGAUGUUCUGAUUGCUAACACGACCGAGCUUGAGUUCAAACAGGUGCUGGAAGGUCUGUGUAAUCAAACCAAAACAUUCCGCUCGGAAUGUCUUAAUCUUGUCGACCAGUAUUACGAUGAAAUCUACCACACGUUGGUACACAAUUUGAACAGCAAUGAUGCCUGUUUCAUGAUCGGUGUCUGUCCGAAGAAUUUGGGCGAUGACGUUAAGGGACCAAUCAUGCCACUCGUCCCGGUGAAAGUAGCUUUGAUGCACGACCAGGCCAGCGAUGAGAGCAAACCGCCCAGAAAAGUGCUCGGUCAGGACGAACCCAAAUUGUCCGCUGUUCAAAUUCAGCAAGCGCAACUUCCGAUUGAUCGUUUGAUGGGAGCUCCGUUGUCGCUGCAAUUGGUUGAAAACGGUCGUUUCUGUACGGUUUGCGAGUACUUUAUGCAUUUCGUGCAGGAAGCGCUCAGUGAACCCGCCAACGAAGAUGAAAUUAAACGAGUCGUUUCAACUAGCUGUGAUCGGCUGCCGAAGGCUGUCGCCGGUGAAUGUCGUACCUUUGUGGAUCUUUACGGCGACGCAGUCAUCGCUUUACUUAUCCAGUCUUUUGAUCCACGGGAAGUUUGCCCUCAGUUGCGCUUGUGUCCAGCAGCUAACGACGACAUUGAAAUCUUCGCUCCCGCUCAAAUUGAUGUGAAAAUUGAUGCGAACUCCGGAAAGGAUAAACCAACGUGUCCUCUGUGCCUGUUCGCGGUGACACAACUGGAAGAGAACAUUAAGAACGAUCGUACCAAGGAGAAUAUUAAACAAGCUCUUAGCAAACUGUGCUCACACCUUUCUGCUAAAUUGAAGUCAGAGUGCACCGACUUUGUUGAUACCUACUCGGCGGAGCUGGUUGAGAUGUUGGUCUCUGACUUUACCCCGCAGGAAAUAUGCGUCUACUUGAAGCUAUGCGUCGAUCAGCGACCGGACCUGAGCCUGAUUAAUAUGGAAUUUGAACGGGAAAACCGUCAUCAGUUGCAAAACUUCGACAUUGAAACCAAUGAAAUUCGCGACAUCACGGUUAACGGUCAAAUCACCGUGGAUCAUCAAGCCACCCUCGCUACACCGGAGUGUCUGGUGUGUGAGCAGAUGGUGAAGGAGGUGGAGAAGCGUGUAAAAAAUAAGAAGAGCAAGGAACAGAUUAAGGAAGCGUUGGAACAUGCUUGCGAUCGAUUGAGAAAGUAUCAGGCCAAGUGUGAACGGUACAUCGACCAGCACAGUGAUCAGAUUGUGGAUCUUCUGAUGAAGCAGUUAUCUCCGAAGGAGAUCUGUCGCACGCUUGGAUUUUGCAUCGCAAAAGACGACGAUGAAUUGGAAGUCGACGAAGCCCUGCUAGACUACGUCGUGGAACCAGCUGUCGUCGAUGCCGAAUUGACUGCACCAACCGAAAGUAAUGCCCAGCCGCCGCAGUGUGCGAUGUGUGAAUUUGUGAUGGUCAAACUGGAAUCGGAACUGGCGGAUAAGAAAACCGAAGCGGACAUUGAAAACGCUGUACGUACGGUGUGCUCCAAGCUACCAAAUACCGUGACGAAACAGUGCGAUCAUUUGAUCGAUCAGUACGGACAGUUUAUCAUAAAGUUCCUGGCUACGCUACCGCCGAAGGAGAUCUGCACCAGGCUAGCGCUCUGUGAGAAACAACUGCAACAGCUGGAGGACAGUAGCUGCGGUACCACCAGUCUUAUAACAGUUCUCCAUUCCCAUUUGCAAACCAGCUCUAGUGAGGGAACUUCCGACGAUCGUGUGCCAAUAACCGAUUCUCGAAAUGCUGGACCGUCAUACACUAGGAUAUUACAGUUGCAACAUUUCCGCAAUCAUUCAAACCUAUUUGAGCACUAUUUACCGGUGGAAAUCAUCGAGUGUGCCGUGUGCCAGGGUGCCAUCAAGACGGUGGACGAGAUCCUGGCGAACGAGAAGGCCGACUACGACAUCGUGCAGGACGUGGAGAAGAUUUGCAACACCGUUCCGGCCAAGUUCUACGAAAAGUGCGAGAAAAUGGUUUCUGUGUACGGUAUUAGCAUGGUGCGUCAGCUGCAGCACUACGUCGAACGGGAGCAGGUCUGCGUGAACAUGGGCAUGUGCAGCAAACCGACGGGAUACGUGAAGUUCGAGGACGAGGUUGAGAUGGUGGACCACGUGGAGAAGAAGCACGCCUAUCUGGUGGGAGCUCAAGAGUGUACCUGGGGGCCGGCGCACUGGUGUGCCAGUGAUGAGAAUGCUCAGAAGUGUAACGCCAGCAAGUUCUGUUCGGAGAAAAAGCUAGGCAAAUGGAAGGACUGAGUGACACGAUAUUUUAUCCCAAAAAAAAAAACAAAGUGUAGUAGAAAGCAGACGCUUUUCUGAACGAAAACGAUACCAAGAAGUGCUAUAAUUCGAAUAAGCUGUUCUGUCUGAUUAGUUCUUCUUAUUUCUAUUUAGCAACGGUCUUUGAUUUUUAUUUGCUUUAAGUACAGCAUAAUCAAAACGAAAUAUGUGACAGUUUUUAUCUGGUUUAUGAUUAGUUGUUUCGGAUAAAAAUUCAAAUCAUUCGUUGGCGGAAAUGUACUGACAAAAAAUCGAUGGUAAACAUCACUCCUGAGUCUGUAUUCUGGCUCCGAAAUUAGGCUGUUAAUAUCGGUUAAAUAAAUUGUUUAUCUGUGUAAAUGGUUUGUAAAAAGGAACAAGAAUAAAAUUACACGAAUUAUCAGUUUUUA